AUGCACACUCCGUCCAACAUCUAUCCCAAGAGAUCACUCUCCCAAACAUCAGCUACUUCAAGCUCCAGCCAGUUCUCUCAAGAGAAGCACUCCAAACUAUCGAACCCACUCUCAAAGCUCUUCCGGCCCAAUACUCCUGUAUCAAUCGAUAUCCCCAAGAACCAAGAUACAAUGUCACAGCCUCGAGAUAUCCCGCAGAGAUCCAAAACUUCAUACUUCCCAGACCAGGGCUACACCGCAACCAGCCCCACCCAGAUGUCCAGCAUGGGCUCACCCCAAUCCCCAAAGGUGGACUGCCCCAAGCGUGCAUCUACUCCCACCCGCAAGAACAGCGAUGACUACAAACGCUACAGUGGAACUGUCAACCACUACGGUCGUCACUCCAAUGACUGGCUAUUCGGGGGCUUUAGUGUUCGCGAAACUGUUCGUGAUAGCCUCGAUAAGUUCCGCAGCCAGGACAAGGAGAGCUGA